AUGAACGGCGAUGAGCUUCCCUUUGAGAGGGGUUUCGAAGUUUACGCUCACAAGUCCGAGUUUGACCCGAUUUCGCUGGAUUCUGGUUCCGAUCCUAUUUGGUUUGCUAUAAGAGAAGAAGCUAAGCUUGAGGCAGAAAAGGAGCCUAUUCUGAGUAGCUUCUUGUAUGCGGGCAUCUUAGCUCAUGAAUGUUUAGAGCAAGCCUUAGGGUUCGUUUUAGCAAACCGUCUCCAAAACCCAACCUUGUUGGCAACUCAACUCUUGGAUAUAUUCAAUGGUGUUAUGAUGCAUGACAAAGGUAUUCAGAGUUCCAUUCGCCAUGAUAUUCAGGCGUUUAAAGACCGGGAUCCUGCUUGCCUGUCGUAUAGCUCUGCUAUUUUACAUUUGAAGGGCUAUCAUGCAUUGCAAGCAUACAGGGUUGCGCAUAAGCUCUGGAACCAAGGGAGGAAACUAUUAGCUCUUGCAUUGCAAAGCCGAAUAAGCGAGGUUUUUGGAAUCGACAUACAUCCAGCGGCAAGAAUUGGAGAAGGAAUCUUGUUGGAUCAUGGAACUGGAGUAGUCAUAGGUGAGACCGCUGUGAUAGGAAACCGAGUCUCGAUCUUGCAUGGUGUGACUUUAGGAGGAACAGGGAAGGAAACAGGAGAUCGCCAUCCGAAAAUAGGUGAAGGUGCAAUGCUUGGAGCUUGUGUGACUAUACUUGGUAACAUAAGCAUAGGUCCUGGUGCAAUGGUAGCUGCAGGUUCACUUGUGUUAAAGGACGUUCCUUCGCAUAGUGUGGUGGCUGGAAAUCCUGCAAAACUGAUCAGAGUCAUGGAUGAACAAGACCCAUCUUUGGCAAUGAAACACGAUGCUACUAAAGAGUUCUUUCGACAUGUAGCUGAUGGUUACAAAACCGCAAUAUCCAACGGAUCAUCAGGAGAUACAGAGAAAGGACACACUAACUGCAAAACAUGA